AUGCUUCUCCGCCACAUUCUCUCCGUGACUGAACGCGAGCGGCUUGAACAAGGGAAAAUCUCCCAUUCCAAUCCCACUUUUUCUCUUUCCGCAAUAUUUCCAUUGCCCGCUUUAAUGUGUGCAUUUCCGGGUAAUAGCACUUUUUGGUAUCCCACACCACCUUCCAUUAAUUUUUUUUUUUUUGGGUCCCCCCUGCGAAAGUUUCAGCACGGAUGCCAUGCUGCAAAUUUCACGCACGCAACUUUGCCCGUCUAUUUUUUUUGUCAAUUUUGCCGAUGGAUGAAACCAUUUUGUGUAACAUACGACCGCACUCUUUCGCUCCAGCAAGACAUGGUCAGGCCUCUCCGCCUGGACCUACUGGGCAUCCAUCAGGUCUACUCGGUACCACUCGGUACCACUUACACUGAUGCCUCCUUCCAGACUGCAACAUCUCUCGUUCUAACUUCCCACAAUUUCCUGCCUACCUCUCUCUCUCAACUUAUUCAUCAAAUCUCUCCUCUCAGCCAUUUUCUAACACUCACACACAGGGAGCGGGUACCCUUUGUUUCUUCAAUUCCAAUUCCCACACUCAUUUUUUCUUCCCUUCCUCUUGCUGUAAAAUUAAUCAAAUAA